UUUUUGGUUCUUCCUUUACUUCUUCAUUUGUUCAUAAAUUUCUUGUAUCAGACAAUUUAGUUUACCCAACUAUUCAUCUCUAGUAUUUUGCUUUCUCUACCUUCUUCAAACUCAGUUGCAUAAGAUCCUUCUUUUAUCAGUGAUCAUGGCUUCUACUUCUUCCACUCCUCCCAAUCAGUGCAAGAAAUGGGAUUUUUUUAUUAGUUUUAGAGGCGACGAUACGCGUUAUGGUAUUAUCUCCCAUCUCUCUAAAUCCUUGAAGGACAAACAAAUUAAGACCUUUACGAAUGAAGAGCUUCAUAAAGGAGAAGAGAUCUCACCAGAGCUCUCGAAAAUAAUCCGAGAAUCAAGCGUUUCAAUAGUCAUUUUCUCUGAAAAUUAUGCUGAUUCUCCAUGGUGUUUGGAUGAGCUUGUUGAGAUACUUAAAUGCAAGGAAGAAUCAGGACAAAUAGUUCUACCAGUUUUUUACAAAGUGGAUCCAACUGACGUUCAAAAGUUUACAGGGAAUUUUGAGAAGGCAUUUGCUAUUGCUAUGCAUGGAGAAAAAGGCAGUUCACAAAAGGUAGACAACUGGAAGCAUGCUUUGAUGGAAGUAAGCAACUUAUCAGGAUGGGAUUUACAGAAUAUGAAGUAUGAGUCCAAAUUAGUUGAGGAAAUCGUCAAUGAUGUUUUGGAGAAAUUUAGUUAUAUGCCUAAAAAUGAUUAUUCUUAUGAUCACAACUUGAUUGGAAUUGAAUCGCAUGUAGAAAAAGUGGAAUGGUUGUCAAAUGAUAAGCAAGUUAUGGGGAUUUGGGAGAUGGGAGGCACUGGUAAAACAACUGUUGCUCAAGAAUUAUUUCGCCGAAACAAGAAUAAAUUUGAUGGUCAUUGCUUUGUGGAAAAUGUUAGGGAAAAAAUGACAAAGCAAUCAUCAAAAUCAGUACGAGACAAAAUCAUUUGUCAAUUAUUAAGAGACAAAAAUUUACAUGUAGACACAUCGGAUUUGGAUGUUGUUACUAGGAGAAGGCUCCAGAGUAUUAAAGUAUUCAUUAUUUUUGAUGAUGUAGAUGAUUUUAACCAUUUAAAAAAUUUAGCAGGAGAGCGUGAUUUGUAUUGUGAGGGAAGUAGAAUCAUUGUAACUAGUAGAGAUCGGCAAGUACUUGAAUAUGUUUGUUCAAAGGAUGGCAUGUAUGAGGUUGAUAAUUUAAUUCAUUCUCAAGGUUUGGAACUCUUUAGCUUGCAUGCCUUCAAGCAAAAUCUUCCCAGGGAAGGAUAUAUGGAGCUAUCAGAGAAGGCAACAACCUAUGCUGGAUUCAAUCCAUUGGCUCUUAAAGUUUUGGGAUCUCAUUUAUUUAAUAUGGGGAUAGAAGAAUGGAAAAGUGAAAUGAAAAAAAUUGAAAGGCGAAUCUCUUGAGAAAAUUCUAGUGUUUUGAAAACAAGUUAUGAUGAGCUAGGAAAGAUUAUAAAGAAAAUAUUUCUUGAUAUUGCAUGUUUCUUCAAAGGGCAAAAUAAAGAUGAGGUUGAGAGAACAUUAGAAGUAUUUGGUUUCUAUCAAAAAAGUGGAAUACCUCGCCUAAUUAAUAAAUCUCUCAUAACUGUUUCGUUACUCAAUGAGAUUCAUAUGCAUGACUUGCUGGAGCAAAUGGGCAAGGAUAUUGUUAUUAAGGAAUGCAAAUAGCCUGGAGGACGUAGCAGGUUGUGGAAUUAUGAAGAUAUUAGUCACGUAUUGACAACAGAAAUGGUAAGGACUAAAUUAAUCAAUGAAGCUUUUUUCAUUAUCAUAUUUUGAAUUUUGUAAGAAUUGUAGCUCUCGUGACGAAUUAAGUAUUAAUUAAUAAUCCUUUGUGAUGUUAUUUUAUUAGGGAACCGAAAAUGUUAAAGGAAUAUUGCUUUAUACGCCUUGGAGCUGUAGUUUGAAGCUAAGUGCCACGGCCUUUAUGAAGAUGUGCAAUCUUUGAUAGAUAGUCCAUUAAUGGGUUGGGCUGAAGUAUGGACAUGGGCUGAAGGAAAAGAAAAAAAGAAAGCAGAUAGAUUAUUCUAGAUUGUUUCCCAUUCCAGCUCAACAUUACAUGCAUUUUGUCCCAACAGAUUUGUUGUAAAAAUUAGUUUUUAGAUCCUAUAAACUAGGCAGGGUAGAAUAGAGAAAUUUAUUAAUUCUAGAUUAUUCUUGUACAUUGUAUAUAAACCCUUUUCAGCUCACUCAACAAUACAACAGUCAAGUUUUUUUUCAUGGUAUCAGAGCACAACCUGUGCUACUGAUAUACUGUUCUUCUCUAAAAUUCAAUACAAUUCAGCAAGGUUUUCCAUGGCUGAAACACCAACUGCAGAAAAUACUACUGGCAGUGGUACUGCUGUCAGAAAUACCACUGGAAUGCAGAUCGAUAAUGGUGGAAAUGAUAUCUUCCAUUUGCACAACUCUGACCAUCCGGGCAUGAUGCUUGUAAGUUCACCUCUCACAGGAAGAAAUUACUUGUCAUGGAGUAGAUCCAUGGUACUGGCUUUGAGAGCCAAAGAUAAGCUGGGUUUUGUAGAUGGGAGCUAUGAAGUCCCUGCUACAGAUGCUAUAACUCUGGAUAAAUGGAAGAAAGUAGAUAGCAUGGUCACCUCAUGGAUACUCAACUCACUCUCAAAAGAAUUGGUGGAUGCCUUCAUCUAUGCAACCUCUUCUAAGAACCUGUGGGAAGAGAUUAAAGAGAGAUUUGGAGAAAGUAAUGGACCUCUCCUAUACCAGCUUAAAAGAGAGAUAAGUACUCUAACUCAAGAUAAUGCAUCUGUUUUAGUAUAUUUCACUAAACUUAAAAAAUUAUGGGAUGA